AUGUUGGUAUUGGGUCUAGAAGAUUUGAGUGUACCAUGGAGAAUUCUUAUCGGUGCUGUUUUACUGGUUGAUGGCAGGCUCCACAAGUCUACAUUGGAAAUGCUGCAAGAAGAGGCUGCCAUUUCAUUAAUCGUCGAGACUUUAUGGCAAGACCGGUUUUCAAAUAUCAGGUUGCAAAGAAUAUUCUUGGAACUGCUAUAUGAAAUGUGUAGGAUCCAAAAGAUACCCAUAAGAGAAUUGCAAAAAAUAUCAAAAGAGUUUUUGGAGUUUUUAUUUUCGGUUGUUGAGAAUAAAGCGGGAUACGACACUACCGAUCCCUAUAACAUGGCGGCCAUGAAAGUAAUUUUAGCAUUGAAUGAACAGUAUAUGAUUGCAGUUCUCAGUGGUCACAGUCCUGAUGAAUCUGAUGAAGAAGAGCAAGAAGAAAAUGCGAACCAAGAAAGCAUUUCCUUGCGAAAUAAAACAUUUGAUAUCUUGAAAAAAGACGGGGAUAUGUAUAGAGCUUUUGGGGAGAAUAUGGUUUUCAUAUUCAAUAGAGGCGCUGACAAGUGCAUCCAGCUCAUGAUGCUUAAGCUGUUGUAUCUGAUAUUCACCACCAAGGAAACUUUCCAAUACAUGUAUCUUAAUGAUUUGAAGGUUGUUGUUGGGGUGAUUAUCCGAGAAUUGCAUGACCUUCCUUUCGAAGAAGAGGAUCUUCGUAACACUUAUCUCCGAAUACUUCACCCCUUGCUUCAAAAUACCCAGAUUCGCUAUGAACAAUACAAAAAGGACGAACUCCUGUCCCUCUUGGAAGUUUUUGCUAAUCCAUCAUGCGCAAAUUCGCAUGCUAUUUCUGAAAACACUCAGAGGCUGGCUUAUAGGUGUCUACGAGUUGACUGGCUGGGUUACUGCUCGCCAAUAAUAUCUCCUAUUACCAGCCUUUCUGAACAAAAUACAGGCGUCUCGAUAGAAACUAGGUCAAGCUCAAAUUCUGAGUACAUAGACCGUAAGCAGACGUCAUCGGUUCCACUCAUUGAAAUGUCUCCAGUCACGUCCAUCUCCUCUGCAUCUUCCUCUACCACUGACGUGACUGAAAUGCCCAAACUUCGUCAUUCGUCUUCUCAUAAUCAUUUAUUGGUUACACACCACAAACGCCCACCCAGGCCUUCACCACGUAAGCUUCAGGCCAUGCAAAUUAGAAAUACUAGUGCUAUCGAGGUUGCAACGCUUGUGAAGACUCAUACUCCACCACCUCCCCCUCCACGACACCGCAAUCUAUCUCUUCCUGGAUCUCAAAUACUUGAGGGGCGGCCAUCUUCGACCCCACCUCCGCCUCCAAGGCCACGAAUGAUGCGGAUAGGCACUCCAGUAGGGCCAUGUCCUUGA